AGGGGGCAGGGAGGAGGGCGGGCCGCCGGGCCGCUGUUUGUUGUCAUCCCAAGAUGGAGUUCCUGCUGGGGAACCCCUUCAGCACCCCGGUGGGGCAGAGCCUGGAAAAGGCCACAGAUGGCUCUCUGCAGAGUGAAGACUGGACACUUAACAUGGAGAUCUGUGACAUUAUCAACGAGACAGAAGAAGGCCCUAAGGAUGCCAUUCGAGCACUGAAGAAGAGGCUGAACGGAAACAAAAAUUACAGAGAGGUCAUGCUGGCUCUGACGGUGUUGGAGACCUGUGUGAAGAACUGUGGCCAUCGCUUUCAUGUCUUAGUGGCAAACCGUGACUUCAUAGAUGGCGUUCUGGUGAAAAUCAUCUCGCCCAAGAAUAAUCCCCCCACUAUUGUGCAGGAUAAAGUACUAGCGCUGAUUCAGGCUUGGGCUGAUGCCUUUCGAAGUAGCCCUGAUUUAACUGGAGUAGUGCAUAUUUAUGAAGAACUCAAGAGGAAAGGCAUAGAGUUUCCCAUGGCAGAUCUCGAUGCUUUAUCUCCAAUCCACACACCACAGAGGAGUGUUCCCGAAGUUGAUCCUGCAGCAAAUAUGCACAAUUCACAGUCUCAGCAAAGGAUGAGCACCAGUUCUUACUCUUCAACUUCUCCAACGGCGUAUUCUGCUCCUCAGGCUCCAGCUCUGAACGUGACUGGUCCCAUCACUGCUAACUCUGAACAGAUUGCCCGGCUGCGCAGUGAACUGGAUAUUGUUCGUGGGAAUACAAAAGUGAUGUCUGAAAUGCUGACAGAAAUGGUACCUGGACAAGAGGAUUCCUCAGACCUUGAGUUACUCCAGGAACUGAACCGAACCUGUAGAGCUAUGCAGCAGAGAAUUGUGGAGCUGAUCUCACGAGUGUCCAACGAAGAAGUCACAGAGGAGCUGCUGCACGUGAAUGAUGAUUUAAAUAACGUCUUCCUCAGAUACGAAAGAUUUGAACGUUACCGAUCAGGGCGUUCGACGCAAAAUGCCAGCAAUGGGGUACUGAACGAGGUGACAGAAGAUAAUUUAAUAGAUUUGGGGCCUGGCUCUCCAGCUGUAGUAAGCCCAAUGGUCGGAAACUCAACACCCCAGUCUUCACUUUCUUCACAGCUUGCAGGGCUUGACUUGGGUACAAACAGCGUCAGUGGCACGCUCGGCUCCCUACAACACAGUAACCCUCGUGAUGACUUCGACAUGUUUGCACAGACGAGAGGCAGUUCCUUGGCUGAGCAGCGAAAGAACGUGACAUACGAGGAUCCACAGGCUGUCAAAGGACUGGCGUCCGCCCUGGAUGUUCGGAAACAGAACACAGGAGUGAGGAGAGGUAAAGGUGGGAACUCAGACAUGGAGCCCAUAGACAAGUGGCUAAUUACACAAGGAAUGAUCCCUGUUGCACAGUCCUCUGUCAUGGAUGACAUUGAGGAGUGGCUCAGUACCGACUUGAAGGGAGAUGAGCUGGAAGAAGGAGUGACCAGCGAAGAAUUUGACAAAUUUUUAGAAGAGCGAGCCAAAGCGGCCGAGAUGGUUCCCAACCUGCCGUCCCCUCCCCUGGAAGCCCCCACCCCGCCGACAAACCCUUCGAGCAGGAAAAAGCAGGAGCGCUCGGAGGACGCCCUCUUCGCACUCUGAGGAUUUGCUCGGCCACCCCCUGGGCUCUGCAGGAGAAAAAUCGCCGUCCGGCCACCUCGUCCUCUCUCAGCACUCGGCUAACAACGCCCCCCUCGCCCCCCCCGGCUCCACCGAUCGCUUCUCCUCCUUCUCCUCCCUCCCUGUCUCCAGCAACCCAUCCCCACAAAGCCGACUUCUUUCUAUUUCAGUCCGACGCUCUUCCUGCCAGACCACGAUUUUCCAGCACUUGCUUAAUCCCCUCCUUCCUAUCCCGGCUGCACAAAACCAGCUCUUGAUGCUGAAAACCUCUUUCGAAUGCAUGAGUACGUCACACUGUGUUGAAACAAAAGCCCAGAGGGGAGAGAGCAGCCUUGCCCUUCAAUUUAUGUCGGGAUCAUCCUCUUCUGGAGGCAGGUCCUGCCAAGUAGACUGCUCUGUCGAUCAGCAUGGAAUUGACUGAGCUGGAAUGUUCAGAGGGAGCGGGGCUUUAUUUUUAGAUAAAAUGUUAAUGUAUUGGCUUUCGUGUCGGAUUCGACAGCAAGGAGCAACUGUUCCCCUUUCAACAUGUGCUUCACAAGUUAAAAUCCUUUUACUCUCCCACUCACACAUCUCCUGCUACCAUAUGGUGGCCGCUUCUCCCCGCGCGGCGCGGCGCUCCGGAUUCCUAAUCUCACGGGGUAUUUUCUUCCUUGUGUUUUAUCUGGGCUUGCUCUAAUUUGAAAGCAGUCUGUUGGCUCUGUCCGGUCGCUCUGGCAGUUGACGAGAAUGAAAAGCGCCGAGCUGAAUGGAUGCUGGAACGUUAGCACACCGAGCAGUUUGCUCUUUGGGAGAGCAUUUCGCGCAGGAGGAUUUUUUUAUUUUAUUUUAUUUUUUCUAGAGUGUUUGCCUUUUUUUAAAAUAGCUGGGUUAUUUUUUCCUUACCUUAGAUCCCUUCCUCAGUGGCUGCAGAGCCCUGCGUUUGUCUGGGCUGGCGUAAAUAGCAUCUGUGAGGAGAGGAGAACCCUACAGAGGCUCGUGAGGGAAUGCUGAUGGAGAUGGUUAUCCGUAGCCGUGCUGGAGGAGGAACAACUCCUUUCCUUUAGGGCUUGAGAGAGUCUUGGAUGAUUGUGGCCAUGCUAGAUGGAACCCUAAAUGUUUUUGGAGCAUCCUUUGCAGCCCCUGCCCCUUUAUCACUCCCAGCUCCUGGGGGGCUGCUCUUCCUGGGGGGAUUCCUCCCCGUGCGCCCACCUCGCCUUGGCACAGCCGGGCUGCCCGGGCUGCUGCUGCGUGCCGAGCUGGCUCCGGUGCUGCUUCUAGCGCACGAAGCCGUGCUGCAGACAGCUGAUGUGAGAGAGAGAGGCUUUAUCCGGGCACGGUUGGUUCAGCUCCUAACAAACUCUGAGGCACGCCGCGCUCGGUGGCUCGCGACGCAGAAAAACCUUGUCCCUGGUGGGCUGAGGGCUGUCAGCUCCAGCUCUGCAGGGAAGAAUUGUUUGGUGCAGGUUUUCCAGGCCACCCCAGGUCAGCUGGCCCUUUCUGCUGUCCCUGCCAUCCUCCCUUCUGUCCUGCCCUGCCUGCCUUGGCCACCCCCAGCUCUGCUUUGCCCCCCCUGCUGCCCCGUAGCCCCCUGUACGGCUUGCAAGAGGCCAAGAAAAAUCAGUAUAAGGAUGGAGAUGGCUUGGGGACCACGCUGCCUCUUCUCCCUGCUUGCUGGCUCACCCUCUGCGUCCCCGAAGCCUCGCUGUGUGAGUCUGCAGAGGGUUUCCCUCAAUUUUUCUCCUCUCUGUGGCUGAAGGAAAGCGCCCUGCUGCUCUCCCGCGCCGCCCUCGCUCUUUGGCACAAGGUGAGCCCGACACUCAGGUGCUGGGGUGCCAGACACCCCGCAGCCAGCUCCUGCCAGGCUCUGCCUUCCUGCAGCUGUGGCCCCAAGCUCCAGAAACCCGAGGAAAUUUCUGCUGCGGCGCUGAUUUGGUUCCAGACAGCGUCUGGUGAUCGCCCGAGCAGCCUCGCCGGCGCAGAAGGAGCUGUGGGUAUUCCCGUCGGUGCAGAAAAAAGCUCCGUGGGUGUUUUUAGGAGUGUGCUUCUGCUUCUAAAUCCUUGAAACACGUCGACCCCGUAAAUGGCCGCAUCAGGUGAUUCUGAGCGUGUUAAUCCAGCUUCCCUGCCAAGCCCAGGGCGAUAAUCGCAUGGCUCAAGCGCGGAGCGAUGCCGAAUGAUGCUGAGUGGCAAGAACAGCACCAGGGCUGUCACCAGAGCCCCUGGAGUCCCCCACUGCUAUGGAUUUGCUGCCCCUCCUUCCCCCAGCCCUACACAAAGACAGGGAGCUGGGAACCCCGCUUCUUCCUCCUAAGCCUGGGGGGGCUCUCGGUGGAGGUGCAGCCCCCCGGGGCUGGCCAGGCUGGCUCCCACAGCACCCAGCACGCAGGGGAGGGAAAUGAUGGCAGGGAAAGAGCGUGUGGAGGAGCCAAGGUUUGUCCUGAGCCUCCUUUAACAGACGGAGAGCUGCGCUGGAGCUCCCUAAUGUCCUGUAUCAGGAUCCCCCACCUUCCCCGUCCUCGUGCGCCCUGCGGAUAACCUGCAAGCUGGAAACAGCCUGGGAGGAAAGGGAAGGGGAUUUUCGCUUUGGAAGACUGACCCGUGAUUAAUUUUUCCUUCGCUUUCACCCUAAAUUCCUCCGUGCAAGUGGCCGUGGUGUGAGCGAGAAGGGGGAUGGAGCUUUGCGCCUGGGGAACCAUCCUGAGGCUCCCCGGGCAGGCCGGGGGGCACGGCUUGCUAACGACACUAAAUUAUUCCCGGGGUCCUUCGUCAGUUCUAAUCCUACCCUGUCCUAGGUUGAGAUAUUUAUUUUGUCAGUGUAUUCCCUUUCCGGUGUGUUUUUAACCCCUUCUGUUAACCCCGAGGUGUAAGAAAUGAAUGCUUUCUAUUUAAAUGCCUCCUUCGGGUUUUUUUUUGUUGUUUUUUUUUUAAUUGUUGCGUGUAGCUUUCAGCUGCUCCUUGGGCAGGUGUGGUAGCUCACAACGCGCCGUGCGGACAUCCAGGGUGCUUCGGCGAGGCUCACAGAACUGCUCCUAAAAACGUGCCCCGGUGGUUUUGAAAGGGAACAGCCUCAGUGGGGAGACUGGUGCGUACUGGGGUGCUGAGGUCUCCUUUUGGCUGCUGGGAUCCUGCGGGGCUCUGCCUGUGCUAUCUCCAUCCCUGCUGGGCCAGGCUCAUCCAGCCCAGUCAUUGUUUACCUCCUCCGUGCUGACCACAAGGCUCGCCGAGCCUACCCUGGAAAAAAAAACAACAAAACAGCUCAGGACGGAUAUUUUUAUGGAAAUACUGAAGCAGGCAAUCGGCGAGUGGAUUUGUAGGCGUCCUGGAGGUCACCCUUCAGCUGCUGGGGCACCCACGGCUCCUGCUGAGGAGGCAGGGAUCCCCAGCCGUGCCCUCGGAGGCGAUGCUGGUGUCCGCCAGCACAAUUCACCCCAAAAUGCAGCCUCUGGAGCAGGCUCCCAGCCCCGGCGUCCCCGCUGCUCCGUCCAGGAGAGAGGUGAGGAUGCGUUUUGCUGAGGGCCAGCUGGAUUUGGAGCCUCACCAAGCUCCGGUCCUGCUGAGCCCGCGGCAAACAGGCGCCCACCUCCCAGCUCUGGGUUUUUAUGAGCUCCUCGUUCUGUACCCGGCAUUACGAGCUGUCGUUAGCCCUACAAAUGUAACCUGUGUAAUAGCUUCUCUGUAUAUUACAGCUGUAGGCUUUCCAGAUGAAAGUGGAUAAUAUUUAUUUACUGAAGAUACUGGGUAUUUUUUUUUGUUUGUUUGGGAACGGGGUAGGGAGAGGAGGGGGACGUAACUACUUACAGAGAUCGACUGCGUAAAGAGGAACAAAACGCAAAAAAAAGAAAAAAAAAAAAAGUGAAGAAACCCAACACUAAAACGUUGCUGUAUUCACCUAGCAAGUGUUCACUCACGGGAGAUUCACCUGUAUUAAUCCGCCGUCGUUUAACUUGUUCCAGAAAUCAUCUCUACUUUGGUUCCUGCAUGUGAGAUUCUCCAAUAAACGCACUACUCGUG